CUUUGCCCUGGGUCCAGAGUCUGUGCCCUAUCUAGGUAGUCACUGGGAACCACUGGAGGCCACCCACAACAGAAGUGCCUUGUUUUCCAGGUGUGGAGGGCCAUACUCCCUAACUCCAAACCCUGGCAGCGUGGAAGUUUGGGGAGAGGUGUCCCACACCAGAUGCUGAGCCCUGCAGGUGACUGGCCCAAGAGUAGCAGGUAGGACAUCUUUGGGGGGAGGCAGAGUCUAAAAGCAAUAAAGUACAGGGGCGCCUGGGUUGGGGGCGGGGGGCUCAGUCGGCCGACUUCAGCUCAGGUCACGAUCUCCCGGUUUGUGAGUUUGAGCCCCGCGUCGGGCUCUGUGCUGACAGCUCAGAGCCUGGAGCCCGCUUCGGAUUCUGGGUCUCCGUCUCUCUCUGCCCCCUCCCCCACUUGUGCUCUGUCUCUCUCUGUCUCUCAAAAAUACGUAAAUGUAAAAUAAAUACAUAAAAGCAAUAAAGUACAGAUAAUGCAGAGGGUCAGAUCCAGGGCGGGUUCGGGAAGGGGGUCUCUAAGAGGGGGAGAAGGGGGUCAAGGGUACCAGGAGCUGACCGCUGACCCUUCCCACAUUCAGGGGCCCGUGACGGCCACUCCAACAUCUGAAGCCAUGGCCAGUGGGGAAGACGAGCCGAGGAACUGUGCGGUGUGCGGGGACCGAGCCACAGGCUACCACUUCCAUGCCCUGACUUGUGAGGGCUGCAAGGGUUUCUUCAGACGAACCGUCACCAGAAGCACUGGUCUCACCUGCCCCUUUGCUGGACGCUGUGAGGUCAACAAGAUCCAGAGACGUCACUGCCCAGCCUGCAGGUUGCAGAAGUGCCUGGAUGCUGGCAUGAAGAAGGACAUGAUCCUGUCGGCAGAGGCCUUGGCGCUGCGGCGAGCAAAGCAGGCCCAGCGGCGCGCGCAGCGAGCACCCAGCCAGCUGAGCGACAAGCAGAAAGAGCUGGUCCGGACUCUCCUGGGGGCCCACACCCGCCACGUGGGCACUAUGUUUGACCAGUUUGUGCAGUUCAGGCCUCCCGCUCAUCUGUUCGUCCGCCACCAGCAUUUGCCCGUCUCGGUCCCUGUACCGCCUCUGCUGACGCACUUCGCAGAGAUCAACACCUUCAUGGUGCAGCAAAUCAUCAAGUUCACCAAGGAUCUGCCCCUCUUCCGGUCCCUGCCCAUGGAGGACCAGAUCUCCCUUCUCAAGGGAGCGGCUGUAGAGAUCUGCCACAUCGCCCUCAACACCACCUUCUGCCUCCAAACACAAAACUUCCUCUGUGGGCCACUCCACUACGCGAUAGAGGACGGAGCCCACGUGGGCUUCCAGGAACAGUUUUUAGAGCUGCUCUUUCGCUUCCACGGGACCCUGAGACGACUCCAGCUCCAGGAGCCCGAGUAUGUGCUCAUGGCCGCCGUGGCCCUCUUCUCUCCCGGCCCGCGCCCGACCCCACCCGUCCUUCCCCGCCACCCCCACCUCCUUCCAGACAGGCCUGGGGUUACCCGGAGGGAACAGAUUGAUCGUCUGCAAGAGGUGAUGGCACUGACCCUGCAGAGCUACAUCGAAGGCCAGCAGCCAAGGCCUGGGAGUCGGUUUCUGUAUGCGAAGCUGCUGGGCCUGUUGGCCGAGCUCCGGAGCAUUAACAACGCCUUUGGCUACCAAAUCCGGCACAUCCGGGGGCUGGCCGCCAUGAUGCCACUGCUCCAGGAGAUCUGCAGCUGA